UGUAAAUCAACUGCAAAAAAAUAUUAAUAAUACUUAAAACAAAAAAUAUUUACAAAUAAUAAUAUAGCUUACUAUUACACAGCACAUGCGUUUCUUCAUGACGUCAUAACACACGUCACGAAUUAUCAGCAGCGGCGCCUUGCAUAAUGUUUUUAUUGUGUCGCGGUAACCGUAUCAACAAUAACAAAGACAGUCUUAGAAUAAUGUGACCGAUGCGGUACAGACGAAACGAAGGCCCGUAACGUUUUUAUUGUCGAAUACACUGGAGAUCUUGUAAUCCGGUGUUUCUUCCAGCUACCGAUUUGUGGUCGUUGUGGAUAACUCUGUAAACGCGGUAAAAUCAGAACGGUGAAUAACGAAUAUUCGAUUUAGACAAAAAUCCGUUUUUGCAACUAUUGGCACUAAAUGCACAGUUCAAACUAUAGAGUUGCUUGAACGUUACAGAAUUUUCCUCUCCUAUUACUUCGAUAUCAGUACUAGUCAUUGAAGGUAACAUUUUUAUGUAAUUCAUACACAAUGCCAUUUAAGGUUUUCAAGCAACAUGCUGACUUAUUUCCUUUGGGCAAUAUACCCAAUGUUGUGGAACUUUUUCGGCGUGAACUUGUUAAACGUGAACCAGAUCUGUUGCUCCUCUCAGUGGUAGCUGGAGCAAUUGAAAAUACAAUGACAUGUGUGAGGCCAAGCAUCGAAAUACCAGCAGUAGCAACUGUAGAAACAGAUAUUGAUAUUGAACAAUUAUCACUUGGUUUACCAGAAAUUGAAUUACAUAUUAUUCAAGCUCUUUAUACUAAAUUUUAUUCAAUUAUCAAGGGUAGUGUGGAUCCUGUGCAAUUUGAUGGCAAUGGUUACGCUACUCGAGAACUUGUCAAAAGAGUUUCUGAUAUUAUAUGGAACACAUUAACUAGGACUUAUUAUAAAGACAGAGCUCAUCUUCAAAGCAUGUACAGUUAUUUAACUGGAUCCAAAUUAGAUUGUUUUGGUGUUGCUUUUGCUGUAGUUGCAGGUUGCCAAAUACUAGGUUAUAAUGAUGUGCAUUUAGCUUUGUCUGAAGAUCAUGCGUGGGUUGUUUUUGGUCCUAAUGGUACUGAUAAUGCUGAAGUUACUUGGCAUGGUAAAGGGAAUGAAGAUAAACGUGGGCAGAAAAUCAAAGAAUCAGAUCCAGGACAUGGAUCUUGGUUGUAUGUUAAUGGCUAUCCAGUUAUAUGCAAUAGACAUAUGGAAGUUUCAGCACUUGUCAGCUCUAUAAACCCCAGUAUUAAUCAAACAAGUGAUGCUUUAGAAGUUGCUACACUACAAAAAAAAUUAUUAUGGCUUUUGUAUGAUGAAGGUCAUUUAUCAAAAUUCCCUCUGGCAUUGGGUAACUUAGGUGACUUAGAAGAACUUAACGCUACUCAUGGAAGACCACCAUGUACAGCAUUGUUUGAAGAAGCUAUACUAGCGGCUCAAACAUACUAUAACGAUAUGUUUGUAUACCCCUACACAUAUCAAGGAGGGUACUAUUAUAGGCAUAAUAUGAUAAAAGAUGCAUUUGAUAGUUGGUCAAAAGCUAGUCGGGUUAUAAGCAAGUAUAGCUUUAGUAAAGAUGACGAAGAACUAUACAAAGAAAUGAUGGAUAUUGCCUAUGAACUUAUUCCUUAUUCAUUAAAAGAAAUGACUUGUGGUAAAAGUAGAUCAAUUUUAAAUAAUCCUCAGUGUUAUGCUUAUGUUUUAUCAAUUUAUGAUGGAUUAUGUCUGUGGGAGGAAGAUGGAGCAACUCCUGUAUUGCAUAUAAAAUGGGCAAAACACUUCAUCAAUUCUAUUUCUAAAUUUGAUGAUAGUGUGCGAACUCGACUUAUAAUUUUAGAUCCUAAUGAGUUGGAUAAUGAUAAUACUAUCAAACAAAAUUAUCAUGACAAUGGACUUAACAAUAAUAAUCAACUAAUUUCUAAAGAUAAUUCAAAUACUACAGCACCUGUUGCUGUUGAUGAAGUAAAAUCAGAACUCCAUCCAGGUAUUGAAGCAUUAACAGCAGCUUGUAGUGAACGUAUUUUGAAUAGAGAAUUUUUACUACAAGGUGGUGGAGAACCCUUUGUAGGCAAUAUAGAUACAGUAGUUCCGACUAUUGUAGAUUCCUCAGAACCAAUUGUUGAACUAACAGCUCAUGACGAACUUGUGACAUCAGUUAUAUUAAGAAGUAAAAAGAUGAGAGGUAUGAAAGAUUUGCUUGUGGCUAAGAAAUUGAACAUGCAAGCAAUCAGCUUGCAAAUGAGUGCUCAGUCACAAGGUGGUAAGCGACAUGCUACAAGAGAUACUACUGAACCAGUAUCAAGAAGAAGUAGACGAAGUAAUAAUUAAAUAAAUAUAUUUUAUUUAUAAAUUAAACGUAAGUGCAAUUUUCUUUUUAUAGUAUGAACUGUAACAGAAUAUCUGUUAUAUUAUUUUAUUGUUUGAA